ACAUGACUAUCCUUGAAUGUGCAUGGCUGUCAAACACUUUCAGGUACAGUGGAGGUCCCCGGUCUCUGGCACUUGUAUUUUGGGGGUUGCGGGCUGAAAAGGUUGAGAACCACUGCUUUAUGGGAUUGUAUAGACUGAUCUCCCUCAUAAAUGAUAGGAUUGAUACUGGCAGCCAUAAAAUGUGACCACUGGGUCAUUCUUACUUGCUUCUAUAUUCUAUAUUUGCAAAAAAUCAGCACUCAGUUUACUUUCAUAGUUGAUGAGGAGAAAAACAGAAGCUAUUCGUACAUUUUCUGCAGGAAAAUUGACUGAAAUUCAUUUAAGUGGAUUUUAUUGGGUGUAAAAACAACAUGUGAUAAACACUGAUGUAGUACCAUAGGUGACAAGUUCAGUGUUUCUCUAAUUAUAUUGCCUUACAUUUUCCAAAUGAUUUUAUACUUAUCUGGAGACAGGAUUAUGCUGUCUUUUUUGUAGUAUUUAUCAUAUUACAGUACUUUGAACAUCCAGCCCUGUGUUAAUUGAAGACAGUCUAGUUUUUGAAUGUGCUUUAAAUAGAUUAACUAAAUAAAAGCUUAGCAACCAGAAAAACAGCUUUCACUCUGACCUAAUGCGACAUGAUGUUAACUGACAGAGGUGUCAAUGUGAAACCAAAACUGUUACUCCAGGGUGUUAAAACCACAACGGAAACUGUGCAGUAGAGUGAAGCUGCCUGCACAGUCCAGGUGAAUGGUACAGUGUCAGAGGCGGUCUACUGUAUUUCCAGGCUUUUCUGAUGGUGCUACAGUUCCCGGGCCGCUGGGCCACAAAGGUUACUCUGUUCCAGUAAACUCUGUGUCCUCCUGGCCGCCUCCCAGCCGCAGCUUGUCAUGUUCUACCAGGCCUUACUGGAUUCUCUCCAGCCAGCCAUGGUUUGGGAGCCUCAGCGUGGGCCCCACAGAGGGUGUCAGAAUCCUGGCCUCAAAGACAGGAAAAGUACAAGAUGGUGCCUGUUUCAACUGCACAGCGCUCAGACUCUCCAGUCAAAAGCUUGAUGGGCUCCGACUCAGUAGUGUAGUCUCUGCUUUUGGCCCUUCCCUCCCUGUAUCAGACAGCAUCAUCGGCCCCAGCCAGAGUACGGACUCACAGCGACUUUACUGCGGCUUUGUAUCGGGGGCCUCCUCUCUACCUUACUCUGCAAUCACAACGGGUCCCCAGUGGACGAUAGUGCGACCACAGGACGCCUAUGGUGUCCGGUGGAUACACACCUCCAGAAGAAGACUGGACGAUUCGAAGGUGGAGAAGUCGCUACGUUCGUUAAAGGACAAGAAGAAGAAACUGGAGGAAGGAGGGCCGGUGUACAGCCCGACUCUUGAUGCAGAGCCUGUGAGAAGGACGCUCAGGCAGCGGGUUAUAGAUGAAAUCAAGCACUACUAUCACGGCUUCAGGCUACUGUGGAUUGAUACCACUAUUGCUGGGCGAAUGUUGUGGAGGGUGCUGAAUGGACACCCGCUGUCCCGUCGCGAGAGGAGACAGUUCCUCAGAACAUGUGCAGAUGUCUUCAGACUUCUUCCCUUCCUCGUGUUCGUCAUCGUCCCCUUCAUGGAGUUCCUGCUUCCUGUAGCUCUAAAACUUUUCCCAAACAUGCUGCCGUCCACAUUCGAGACUCAGACCAAGAAGGAGGAGAGGUUGAAAACAGAGCUGAGAGUCAAACUGGAGAUGGCUAAGUUCUUGCAGGAUACCAUCGAGGAGAUCGCUCUGAGAAACAAAGCUGCCCAGGGAAACGUGACAAAGGAGUUCUCCACCUUUUUUCAGAAGAUCCGGGACUCUGGGGAGCGUCCCAGUAAUGAGCAGAUCAUAAAAUUCUCCAAACUGUUUGAGGAUGAGCUGACUCUGGACAACCUGACCCGACCUCAGCUGGUGGCUCUCUGCCGUCUCCUGGAGCUACAGUCCAUCGGGACCAACAACUUCCUCCGCUUCCAGCUCAUCAUGAAGCUGAGGGCGAUCCGAGCUGAUGACAAGCUGAUUGCUGAAGAAGGCGUGGAGAGUCUGAAUGUCAACGAGGUGCAGGCGGCUUGCCGUGUCAGAGGGAUGAGAUCUCUUGGAGUCACAGAGGAAAGACUGAGAGAGCAGCUAGGCCAGUGGUUGGAGCUUCAUCUGACUCAGCAGAUCCCCACGUCCCUGCUGCUGCUGUCCCGGGCCAUGUACCUUCCAGACACCCUCUCUCCUGCUGACCAGCUGAAGACGACUCUGCAGACGCUUCCUGAGAUGGUGACAAAGGAGGCCCAGUUGAUGGUAGCAGAGAUGGAGCUCUCUAAGGUGGACAAUAAGACCAAACUGGAGACGACGCUGCAGGAGGAGGAGGCCAUACGCCAGGACAACAAGGACAGAGAGAUGGAGAGGCUGGCAGAUGCUGCAGAGAAAGCAAGGGAGGAAGAGAUGGAACGUGAGAAAGAGCGUAUCAGAGCUGCUUCAGAGAUCCUGAAGGAUACAGCGCCUGUUAUAGAAGGAAUGAAGUUUGCACAGUGGCAGUCAUUCCUGCGCUUCCAGGGUGAGGAGAUCACCAAAGAAGAGAUUGACCUGUUGAGCGACGCGUGCACGAAGCUGAAGGAGCAGAAGAAGCUGUUGACACUGGAGAAAGAAGAGCUGGAAGAGCUGAAGGACGAUGUCCAGGAAUACAAUGAGGAUCUGGAGGAGAUAAAGAAGGAGCUUUCUAAGACCGGACAAGAGAAGGUUGUCGAGGAGUCAAAGGCGAGCCAGCGUCUGUCGAAGAGAGUGAACCGAAUGAUCGGUCGCAUCGACAAGAUCAUCCUGGAGCUGGAGAAGGACAAGGUCAUCCUGGACGGACAGAUGGACAGUGGGAGCUCUCCACCUGUUGGAUUGUUCUUUACUAAACAUAGCGAUGCCACAAGUCUGUUCUACACCUUCAGGGAGAACCUCGUCAGCAUCGACGAGCUGAUCAGCGUCAUGCGGCAGAUCCAGAACAUUCCAGAGCACAAGCUGCAGAGCAUCGCCGACGCCCUCGACGACAACAAGGAUGGGAAGAUCGACAUUGACGAUGUCAUCAAAGUGGUGGAACUGAUCGACAAGGAGGACAUCGACAUCUCCACCACUCAGGUGACGGACAUCAUGGUGAUGUUGCAGAAGGAGGAGAAGCUGAUCGAGAAGGAGAAGGCCAAAGAGAAGGCGGAAAAAGAGCAGGCAGCUACACUCAACAGCUAACUCAUUUUCCACAAAGACACAGAGCACUUGUAAGGAAAACAAACAAAAACAUACCACUGAGAAGUUUGCGGCUGGUACCUGGACACAGAAAACUCUUGUAUCAAGUUAGCAGAGUCCUGAGGUAACCACCGCCUUCUCAGAAGUGUCAUUUCACUAAAAAAUUAGCUUCUAAUAAUGUAUAAAAAAAUGAAAUGGAAGGCAUAUUGCCUACAAAGCGCACAAAACAGACAAACUCUUCUGAAUUAAUCAUGUACUAUAUGUGGAUAUUUGGAUUGUGUAAAUUAGACUAUUUAAUUUAUUAACACAGGGAACAUGAAACCAUGGUUGUUCUCCAAAUGACAGUAGGUUGAGGAGAAAAUUGAUGAAAAAAAUUAUGUUUGAGGAUAUAUAAUGAGGAGAUUUAUUGUUUAAAGUUUGAGGUGAACCGUCUUGCCUUUCCUUUCCAUUCAUGUCAUCAUCUCAGAGAAAUGAGGGAUCAUUUCUGGACUUUGCACAGUAAAAAUCACUGUCAUCACUACUAUUUCUUUUACUCUUUGAUUUUGUUUAUCCAUCCUACAUGCAUAUUGUAAAGUUACUUGUUAUUUUUUUAUGAAUUGUACUCAGACAGGGUAGCUUAUCGCUGGAUUUAGCAUGCUUAAAUGGUGGCUGCAACCAAAUAUGUAAUAAUACCGAGCAAAGUAAUUUAUCCAGUAACACAAAAUUAUGUGGAAGUUUAAGAAUUUAAAAAGCUUUAAUUCAUUCUCACAAAAAAGGCAUAACUUUACAUUCAUUAUUUCAAUGAAUAACCAAAGGUAAAGGAGAAACUGUGUUAUAGAAGUGUUGAAUGUAUGACUUAGUAACCAAGGACUGAAGCUAGAAAUACGUAUUGAUAAUUAUUAAACAUUAUUGCACUGUAAUAUAUUUUGAUUCUGUGGUUUAUAUAUUGAUAUUUCACCUCAGUUCAGCACCGCUCUUCGUAUGAUUUCCAUUUGCAUUUUUUUAGCUUUCAAUAGCACGCCAAAGUCGCACUUUGGCACAUUGAAAAAUCAAAAAUCAUCUAAAAACGUGCAGAUAAGUGUUUUCAGAGAAACAUCAGUACACUGAUUUGGUAGGGAAAAUUGUCAGUAUGGCAUAUGAUGUUUUGAAAUGUUGAGCGUAAAGUAAGAAAAGACCUUUCUUCAUGAGGUGUUCACAAAUCAGUUUGACAAUGCCUGGCUACUCAGAAGGCUGCUUUCUGUUAUUUAUAACUCUCAUAAAGAAUAUUUAAUAUUAUUUAGCAUCAACAAUUGCAAGCAUCUGCUCAGCUUUGUCACUGCUGCAUGUGCUGCAGACAGUGCUGAGAGGACUGUAAACAAUAUGUUUGGGGCACACUGCUGUGUUAUGGCACAGAUUUGUCCACAGGGGGCGCCAAAAUCAAUGUAAAUCAUUUACUCCUCACUGGAGUUUUAAGCAUAGUUUUCUGUAUUACAUCCUCUCUAAAAAGUGUUUUCUCCUCCUUUUUCUGAAAACGUUUGUUGAUAUCCAUUCAUCUGAGAUUGGAUGUUAAUAUGACAGAUAUAUUAAUCCUGCUCUAAUAAAAGAGUAUUAACUAGUUGAUAUUUAAUAGCAGUGUAGAUAAUAUCAGUGUAGGGAGACAGCAGUGACAGUUGGAUGUCUGUUUAAGGGAAUCGUAGUGGUUUAGCUGUCUAACUCUGCUUCUUGUGAACUGGUUUAGUUGGUGCACAUAGUGUUAAAAUGCAACGUGGCCUUCUCUUGACACAGAUAUUUUGGAUCAAAUACUGUAUAUUUAUUUUUGAGUGUUUUGUAAAGAUAGAUAUUCUACUAACGCUGGUGAACUUGAUGUCGUUGAUGACUGCAGAAGUGGAGAUGAUUUCAGCUGUAGAUCAAUCAGGAUGUUUGAGGCACAUUCUGAUUUUGAUUUAUUUGCGCUGUGGCGGGGAAUGUGUGCGAAGCGGAAGUGAUAAUGUCAGAUAAUAUUUGAGUCAAAUAUGAACCAUUUCAGUCAUCUCUCUCUCUGUUGACAUUACAUAAUUUAUAUUUACGCUCCAAUCUGCUUGUCCAAUGUAUUUGUUUGACUGCAUACUCCAAUCACGGCUGCACUUGAUUAAUAUUUGAUUUAAUAUUUUUUUUAAUAGUUUAACAUAUGAAGUGUAAAUAAAAAUAUGAGAAAAAGACCCUUUACAAGAUCCCAUAAAACUGAUUAUCUUAGUGUACAACAAGAGGAAGGCGACACCAGUCUAGAUGGAGGAACCAGCUUGCUGAAGUAUUAACAUAUUUGAAAUUAAUUUUUACGUAGUGUUAAGUUUCUUUUUCAAAGUUUUCUGCAGUUGCUUGCCACUAAUACUCUCCUGACCUCAUAGUUAGGGAUAUUUUUUAUGAUACACCACAUUGAUUUGCCAAUAACAAGCACCAACACUCUAUUUUAGCGGCUUUAUAAAACAUACUGCUCAUAGAUAUUGCCCUAAAGGUCAGAGAUGCAAAAUAAACCAGUGAAAUCCAGGAGGGAGGCACUGUAGCUAUUAACAGAGGAGAGGUGCAGGUGUGCGUGGGUUAAAGAAAAGAAAGAAAGGAGAAAAAGCACAAUUAACAUGGAAAUCUAGUGUACCUAAAAUAAAUAAGGCCACAUUCUGUGGGAAACAGUGGCAUAAAAAGCCCUCAGAGAAUAUUUCAAAGUGGUGCUUAAGUUGAAGAAGCUCCAUCUAAUAUGUUUAUUGAAUCCUCUCUCAGACGUGUGGACGAUUAAGAUCUCGUCCUUCUUGUAUCAGACAUCAUCUCAGCUCAGACCUGACAGGACCAGGGUUCUGCUCCGUCUGGGACCGGUCAGACUGAUGGGUGCCGGGUAAACACUCGCCCCUACAUGGUCUACAGCCAGCUCCUCUGAGGGGUUGUGUUUAGGUUAGAGACGAUCCUGUGGGACAUGGCACGCUCCCUGCAGCAUAAAUCUAGCAUCAGUGUAAACACGUCAACGAAAUAUUUUGACAGCUUCUCGAUUACACUUGGCAGGAGAGAGUGGUGUGUGUGAAAUCACGCCUUACGGGACAAACUCAGGGGAGCGGUGUGUACAUUAGCAGUGCUGCCACUGUUUCUAUGCACGGAGGGGCGAAAAGUCUGCAUGACAGGGACGUAAUCCAGGCUGGCAGAGGUCAAUUUAUGGGCUUUAGGCCUUUAAAAUGAGCAGAAUUUGAAUACAAAAGCUGAUGAGUUCAUAUAAAUUGUAGUGUUUUAUUAAAUCCCUUAGUUUUAGCAUUGGAAUCUAACUUCUGAAAUGUAAUAAGGCUUCAAACUGUCAAAUGCAUUCAACAGAUUCAUGCUGAAAUCCCUCAAUUUUGAAAUGAAAAGGCCCUUAUCAAUAUAAAUCUUUACAGAAAGCAACAUGCCAACUCUAAACACAGACUUUAAAUGAAUAAUGUUGCUUAUAUUCACAAAACUCAGACCUCUCACAUUUCUCAAACCCCUAAACAAGCCUCCAGUCGCCCGUCAUGUUAGGUCGUGAGUGUGCCUCCUCUUCUCUGCCUGCAGUAUUUGGAGUCUGUCAGAUUUCAUGUCUCACCGCUCGCAGCAGUGUUGCACUGUGUUGUUCAAGCUGCUUUCUUCUAAAACAUAAGAUAGGGUGAAGAAAGAGAUGUAAUUGGCAGGAGACGCAUUAUGACAGCAGGCAGGUAUCGCUCGUUUGUCUUUGUCGAGUCAAAUAGCAAAAUAAAGAUUAGUUUCCUGUCUUGUUUUUUCUUUUUUAGUAACUUCAUUCAGACAUUUUCAGCUACUUUCAGCUUGCUGUCAUUGCCUGUUCUCUUUUGCUGCCGUGUGAACGCACUAUUCAUUUUGGAUUCAGCAGGUUUGUGUUGAUGUUUGGACUCAGGACUCUGGUUUCAGGGGCUGAUGAUGGCCUCAGUGCGACUUAAACCGUCCAUAAAGAUUCCUCUUGAGUUUUAGGAGUGAAGUUGUGAACAAAUAUGAGAAGCAAUAUGUCAUUUAUGCAACUUGUACCUUCCUGAAUUUUCUUGAAUAUCUUUUGUGAGAUGCAACAAGUGUUGAAUUUGUUGAUGAAUAUUGUAAUAUAUGUAAAUUAGAAAAGAAAAGGUGCUGAAAGCAAAGAAACAGAGGACUAAAGAAAGUAUUGUUUGACUCUCCUCUUUAUAUAAAGCUGCUUAUUAAGGUGAUGCUUGUGGUGGGUUAUUGUACAGACUUUUCAAGGACAGAUGUUCAUGCUAUUUUUCUUUUUUAAGUAUUUUGCACUAGCGCAUUUUAUCACUAGAGGAUGCUACUUUUGUAGAAUAUAUACACGAAUAAAUGAGUUUCUCUUGAGACAGGAGAAGGGAGAAAUAGAGUCUAACAGCAGGAUCAGCAGCCUGUUUAAAGUCAGGAAAAUAUGAAGCAGGUUUAUAGUCUGUUUCUUUUUCACUUAGACCUAAAGGAGCAGCUAAGACCGCUCUCAGGUUCAUUGUAGAAGUCUGGAAGCUAAAACUAAAUUUAUCAGCAUUUAAAAUAAACACCUGUUUCUAAAAUAGUUGGGGAGUUGUGUUGAAAAUAUGAAAAACAGAUAUGUGAUGUUUAAAACACUGAAACCCAAAUAUUUAGUUGAAGACAGCACAAAGACAACUGAAAAUGAGAUUUUUUAAUGUUAUAUUCGCUUUUUUCAUUUGAAGCCAGUAUGUUUUUCAAAAAUUACAAAGCUACUUGCACAGGGGUGAAUCACCCCCCAUCUUAACCAUCUGAGACCUGUGAUAAGUAGGGUCUGAUAAGUUAGUAUUAUAACGUCAUUCAGCCGGCACUCUUAUCCAAAGUGAGGCGUGGACAGUAACAUUGGAGACAUAGGCAGAUGUUUGUGGCAUUGAGGUCCUUGCCCAAGGGUCCACACUGGAAACUGAGCGUGCCCAGGCUGAACCUCCAAUUUCCUGUAUGGCAGUCAUCAUUGUAAACCACUCAGCUGCCACAGGGAAAACAUCAGUCUCAUGUUUGACCAUAUCCUUUUAAGAGAAUUUGUUUGGAUUUUUGAAAGGAAAAUCUCUAAGAAAUAACCUAAAAAUGUCUAUGAAAAUCCUUAAACCUAUUUCAAAGUAUCCCUUAAAAGGUAGCCCAAUGUUUCUUUAAAUUUUUUAGUGAAUCUUUAUGAUAAAGCCUAAACAUUUUGAUAUAAAUGUUCCCAAAAAAUGCAUGCAAAGUCAUGAAAAAUUUUCAAGCAAAUUCCCCAAACAUCAAAGCAAAUCCAACCAAAAUUUCUCACUAACCCACCAACCAAUCAGUCAGUCUUCUUAAUCUUUGUAUAGCGCCAAAUUAUAACUGAAGUAAUCUCGACAACAGCGUUAAUCAUGAGCCUUGUUUCAGUUUUGACUAAAACCUUCCCUUACAGGGCAGGAAUGUCGAGCAGAACCAGACUUGACCAGGCAGGACCAGACGUGUUGACAGCUCUCUGUUUAAGCUGUGCUGGGGUUCGAAAGGGCUAGAAGAAGGGGUAGGGGUGAAGAAAAGCAAGAAGAGGAGAGGGACAAGAGAACCAACAAAACAACAAAUGAAAGACAAAUUUAUGGCAGUUGUGGCUUCAAACUUAUCUCCCAUUUUGUAGGAAAUUGCUGUAACUUUAUUUAUGAUGUUAGCAAUAUGUGAAAAGAAUAUGAAAAAAAAAUACAAGUACAUUCUCCAAAAUUCAAUGAAAAUGACAGAAACAUCCAAGCAUUGAAAGAAAUUCCCUGAAAUUACCAUUAAAAUUUCUUAAAAUUUUGGGUGGGCAGAUGGCCUACCAGUCUAAGGCGCUACCCAUGUGCGUGGGCGGCCUGAGUUCGAAUCCGGCCUGUGGCCCUUUACCGUAUGUCUCUCUCCUGUUUCCAACUCUAUCCAUUGUCCUCCUCUAUCGAGUAAAGACACAAAAAGCCCAAAAAUAAAUCUUAAAAUAAAAUCCUGAAAAUUUCCAAGGACAACCACUGCCCCAAAUUCCCAAUUCAAUACCCAAAAAUAUACAAAUAAAUUUCCAAAAUUCCCAAUUAAAAUGCUGGGGAAAUUCAGAGUAAUUUCAUCUAGUCUUCCAAUGAAACUUUACAAAAUAUAUGAACAUAUCCCAUCAAUGUCCACGACAAUACUUGAUCAUUUCUAAGUACAAUCCCCCAAAUAUCCUACAGCAAUUUAUCCCAACAUUUCAAGCAAAUUUCUUCAACUUCAACGGAUAUUUUGGACAAAUGUGGAAAAUAUUCUAAACGCAGAAAUUACUGCUAUGUCGUAGAAAAGCAUGCAGGAUCUUUUUUCAGUAUCCAGUCAUGUCUCUAACUUGUCAGUAUUAACUCUAAGAUAGAUUCACAGCUUUGAAGUCUUUUGUUGAAACUGUCCCAACUUUUUUAACCAUGUUGCUGGCGUCAAAUUCAAAGUAGGUCUAUAAUUUUUCAAAAAUAAAUAGAUAAAUAAAUACAUUUGGCAUGGGGUCUUCGAGUGUUUCUUUUAAUUAAAUGGUGUUUCAGUGUUUUGCAAAUUCCUACAUUCUGUUUUUUUUUUUUUUUUAUAUUUAACACAACGUCCCAGCUUUUUUGUAAGAGUGCAGCCACCAUCUUUUAGAAGAGGAAACUCGUGCUCAUUAGUUGUGUUCAGGCAGAAAGCGAAACCUUAGAAAAACAAAGCAACCGCCUAUUAGAGAUCAACCAAAAACUGUUUUUUGUAGUUUUUCCCUCCUCUCUGCCUGAUUUUUACUUCUUCUCUUAAAUGCAUAAAACCUUGAAGAGUUUUCCAUUCACCUGGAAAUGGAAGAAUGCCUUCAGCGUGUGUUUUCCCUUCUGUUUGAACACAUCAUAAAGAGUCCAUUCAGGUUGGAAAUGUUUAAAAGCCUCACGAUUCGCAGCCACUUUCAGCUAACUUAAGAUUUCAGAGGUGCUCUAGAAAGAGAAAAGUCCAGCGUUGAUCUGUUGUUAUUUUAAAGACGACAGGAUAAGACAUCAGGGAAAAGCUCUACACGAUGCAGUGUUUAAUCUCUGGGUUAUUUUUGUUUUUUAAAUCAUAUUUGAAUGAAAACAUUAGGUAUGGAUCAGUAAAUCAUAGCCAACUGGAGUUAUUAUUUGAGCUAAUUGUCUGCUUAUUUAUUCUAUUUAUUUAAUCCAAUUUUUUUUAUUCAUCUAAAUGUAGAAAAAUGACCUGAACUGGAUUUGACCUGUAUGAAAGCAUCAGUUUUCCUAUUUAGACACAAAUCAAUGUAACAAAACAUUAUUUAGAGAAAUGAAUCAGAAGUAUCGAAUAAAUUUUGGAUGAUCCUG